AUGGCAGCCUUUUUACUGUCUCCGCAUGGCAUUGGGUUUGCUUAUGCAAUUGUGGCAGCGCUUCUCGAUGACGAGCACGCGCUUUUGCGUCAAAGCAGUCACGACGAAGAAGCAAGUGCGCUCUCGUCACGGGACUGGCUGACAGUGCCUGCAGGGCGAGUCGGUGCGGUGCUGGCCCAACUGCUCAACGCUGAAAUCACGACGGACGGCGAUGAUGGCAAAGCUAAAAUUCUUGCGUGCAUGUGUGAACUCGUGCUGUCACGCUUGCGCAAGGGCCCCACCGAGGCCAUCUUUGACUAUGCUGAUGAGAUUGAUGACAGCUUGAGCGACGACGAUGAGGAUGCUGGGGCCGAUGAGUUUGAUGAUAGAGCAGCGGCUCAAUUCUUCACACGCGAUCUGGCAGCAAGUGCAUGCAAGGCCGCGCGACACUUUGACGAACAGGAGAUCGUUGGGCAAAUGCUAUCGCUGGCUCGCGUGACGGCCUUUUUUGAGCUUGCGCUCGAGUCCAUGGAGGCCGAGGAUGCCCCGGACCACGUGGCUCUUUUGACCGCCUCGGAAGCCAAGCAAGGGAUCAACGCCAUUAUCGAGGCGUCACGCUCGCCCUUGUUUGUGGACCACUUACUGCGACUCAAACAUGCGCGUCACGGCAUGGCAGAGACCCUACUCUGGGCUCAAACGUGUGCUGACUUACCGCGCGUGGAGCGACGCGCGGCGUCGGCUGAUCUGGCAAUCCAAAGCAUCCCAUUUGAUCCCUUUCUGCGCGUCCCUGGACACAAUGGCGCCGUGCAGGCUGUGGCCACCCUGCAGGCCAGCCCAGAUGAUGGCGCUUUUCAAGCACUGCUCAAGGACGCCACGGGCCCGACUGGUAACGACGCGACGAAUCGGGCGGGGCUUUUGCUGUACGGUGCCCUAUGGCACCAGCUGUACGUGCCAUGUCUAUCCGAGGGAACAGAGGCCCGGCGGCAGCGUUUGCGGGUGGUGCUGGGAGAAUAUCGUGAGAAAUUUACUCCACUGCAGCGCGCCCUGCUGGAAGGUCGUGCACAUUUCGGCCUGCCCCGGGAUCAAAACCCCUACGUGGACAUGACGACGCCUAAAGUCGAUGGCCUCCGCCUAUCGUGGAUGACCUUCGCGCACGCACAUUUGGCAAGCCAUCACCUGGGGGCUGUGGGUACCUGGUUUCGAUCUUUGUACCUCGACCCUGCCAGCCUUGAGAAUAGUUUCUUUCCAGGUGCUGGAGAAAGUUGCUUUGCCGACGUGCUACGGGGCCUAGGGGAAGCUGCAACGCGGUAUCAGUGUGACUGCGGCUACCAAUAUCUGGUUAUGAAUUGUGGUGGCGUGCGAGAAGAACGUCGAUGUCCCCAGUGUCCGCGAACGCUGGGCGGAAACAACUACCAUGCCAAUGCAGGCCAAACCCGGCUCGAUGCUGCACCCGUAGGGCCGGACGCAGCAGAGGCGCAGAAGGAUGUGCGCGGUUAUCCAGCGCAACUCGGAACUCAGCUUCUGCGACACGGCGUGCGUCAGUUGUCCUUGCAGACGAUGCGAACGCUUGACGCCCUGAUGCACUCAACGUUGCUGCAAGCCAUUACUCUGCUGGGACAAGGCGAGGCGGUCCGAGCACUGAUGCACUGUCCAUCAAUCGAGCAGGCGCACGAUAUUUGCGCUGCUCGAGUGCGGCUGGCAUGGGAUAAUCUGGGCAUGCUACUGGGUGAGCUCUCGGAUGAGCAAGUGUUUGCUGUCAUGGUGGAAGCAAUAUAUCGUCUAAGAGACGUGGAAGUGGCCCAGCUGGCGGUCUUGGAUCAGGUCGAGACAAGAAUGGAGUGGGAGAGGGCCAUUGAGGCUGCACUUGGCCCUCUCUGGCGCCAGCCAGCAACAGUGCCAGCAACAGUGCUCGAGAACUUUCGCGUGGAAGCAGAGGCACACGCCCAGGAACAACCUCUUCAUCCGCUACGGGCAGUAUUGGAAAUGCGGGAGGAGGUGCGCAACAAUGAUUUGACAGCAGCGGCUGGACUUUUGGCUCGACGCGUAGUGGGCCCACGAUCCAUGGACAACUUUUUCACAUGGCUGAGGGCGACGCCAAAUUUGGCCGACAAGCACCCGUUUCUGGCACUGUUUGAAGAAGAACGGCAAAACCAGCUGCUGCAGCACCUAUCUCUGUUGCCCGACUUGAACAACUGGUGCCAGUAUGUGUGUGACCGGUAUGCAGGCCUUGUCUCGCGGGAGGAGGCGGAGCAACAGACAGUGGCAGAGUUUUUUGCGGCUCGGGAGCCAGCAUUGCUGGAGGAGGGAUCCGUUUUAUGCCUUGCCAUGGACGCGCUACGUCAACUACUGAAGCUGGGCGGAGACAUUCAGUCGCAUAGCCUCAGCGACGAUGGGGAGAUCCGCAGGGUGUGUAAGCAGCUCGAAGCGGUGCAAGACAUUGCAAUGGACCGUGUCAGCUUGCAACUGAUGCUACCCGUCGAGAACGCAUCGGUGGAUCACCUGUGGACAUUUACGCUGCUUUUGACAAACACCCACAAUGUUACCUUACAGCGGGUUUUGGCGUUGCAGCAUCAGGCCCCGCGGCAAAAUUAUUUCGCUUUUCAGCGAGCUGCCCUGAAAAGCAUGCACACGAUUCGGCAUCAGGACUUGGUGGACAUGACGUGGCACGAGGAGUUUUUGGAUUUGAGUACAUCGAGGCUGGAGCAAGGCGGGGGACAACAAAUUACGUAUUUUGGCACGUUGAUUGAAGAAAACGUGGCCCUCAACAGCGUAGACGGGCGCAGCAUGCUUGAUAUGACAACCAUGCCUCGAUUCAUGUAUCAGCGGGACUCCUCUCAAGAUCUGACGAACGCUUUUCGGAAUGUGCAGAAUCGGGUGGCACAAAGGCCGCUGAGCACAGACUUGGAGCAGCAGAUGGAACGCGACUAUGAGCUGCACCAGCGCCACGUCGACGGCCUUCUUACAGCACUUGGCGUGCUCAUGUUUGCCGUGAGCCGUGGCCGGGCUCGCGGUACAAUUGGCGACUUUUUGGAGGAACGGCGGAAAGACGCGCCCGAAUUGGAAGUGCUGCAGCUCGCGCGCUUCCAGGCAAUCGAUCUGUGCUACCUGCAGGCGCUCUAUGAAGCCAUGGAACAUUUGCUGGCCGACACGUUGGUGGCUGAUCUAGCCGACGCGUACAAGCAGACCCUGUCGGACACGCUGGCACAGGAGGAGUUUUCCGAGGAUAUUGAUGAGCGGCUGCCGGGGGAUCUCCUGCUUGAGCAUGUGCACUCGCUGUUCCUGAUGUUGGAGAAGCUGCUUCAUCAAGACAAGGAGGCACUGCAGGCCGCGGCAGCGGCCGCACACGUGCCACAAGGCGUUGCUGGGAGUGUGCGACCACCGCCCCAGCGCAAGCUCAAGACGGGUCGCCCCAAACGCACGCAGCGAGCCAAAAGGACUUAG